GUUGUCUUGGACGGACCAACCUCGGCGAUCGUAGGGUUUUUCCAUCAGAAGUGUUUUACCUUUUAAUAGUAUAAUAUUAGUCACAAAAAAGUGAAAUGGUAGAAGUGACGCUUUAGUACGCAUCGUCUGGUGUUACCUAGUAAGUCAUGCUCCUGGUGGAUCCUGGUGUGUUUAUUGGAACGGCGGCUGACCUUAAUGACAGUCGGGGUUUGGAAGAAGCCGCAAUCACUCACAUCGUGUCUGUGGACUCUGUGGACCCGGGACCUCUACUGCCUGUGGAUUCUAGCUAUCGCAAGAAAUGGAUCAAUGUCCUGGAUGAGGUGACGGCGGACCUCUUGAGCCAUAUGGAUGAUUGCUACCUAUUUAUUCAGGAGGCCAUGGAUGGAGGUGGGGCGGCGCUUGUCCACUGUCAGGCUGGGCGAAGUCGCAGCGCCACCAUCGUGACUGCUUACCUUAUGAAGAGACACAAGCUGGGCUUCGCUGAGGCUUAUCAGAGACUGAAGAGUGUCAAGCAGGAUGUACAGGUUAACAGUGGUUUUGAGGAGCAGUUGUGUCUGUAUGAGGCCUUGCAGUGUCAAGUGGACACCACCAAUCCGCUUUAUAAACAAUACAGAUUGACAAAGAUUACUGAGAAAUACCCUGAGUUGCAGCAGGUUCCCAGGGAAGUGUUUGCAGCUGACCCUGCCCAGUCCAGUUCAUCUGAAGCCUCCUAUCGUUGCAGGAAGUGCAGAAGAACUCUCUUUCGCAGCUCUAGUCUCCUCAGUCACCCGGUGGGAGAAGGAGCAUCAGCUUUCGGCCAUAAGAAGUCCUCUAACCUGACAGAAGGAAUCCGAUGUACAUCUUAUUUCAUUGAACCAGUGCAGUGGAUGGAACAAGCUUUACUUGGUGUGAUGGAUGGACAGCUUCUGUGUCCCAAGUGUCAUUCCAAACUGGGCUCGUUCAGCUGGUGCGGAGAUCAGUGUUCGUGCGGCCGCUGGAUCACGCCUUCCUUUCAGCUGCAUCAAAACCGAGUGGACGAGAUCCGAGCCAUUCACAUACACAGAUGACAUCACAAAACUCUUUGACAGUUGGAUAGAAAUCACAUGUAAUGUGUGCAUCUAAUGUCUUAAUGAUAUUUUUAUCCACCUACCUUCUCUAUCUUCUCUAUUAUCUAUACUGUACAUGGGCUUGACUGAAUGCUAAUACAUUAAAUUGGAUUCACACAGUUCACCAUCAUAAAAAUGAAUAUUAUCAAAUGCAGAAGAAAUUAUGCAAUAUGAUGGGCGGGUAUGACACAACUUAAUAAAAACAAUAUGUAGAUCUUUAUUCAGUGACGAUCAGUCAGUCAGUACAAAUGUUCUCUACCUCAGAUGAUUUGUUUCAACAACAAAAUCGGACAUGAUGGAAUAAAAAAAUGUAAGCAAACUUUCUUUGCCUGUUAGCGUGAGCACCUGCUGCGGGAAAAACAAUUCAUCAUUUAGUGCCCAAACAAAAAUGACUAAGUGAAAAAUACAAUUUUAACAAGAACAUAAACGCACGGCUAUAUACAUUCAAAGUUAAAAGUGAACUCACAAGAGUUCCAAAGUAUAUGUUGCAACAGUAUAAAUUAAUACAAAUCCCAAAUGAAUUGUAACUCAAAUGUUAAAACAAAAAGUAGACAUGCUGUGGUUGAACUGUUGAUAUCACUGAAUGUUUUGAAAUAAGAUGGAACAAAUUGUGAUUAAAAAUGGUUAUAAGCA